CAGUCUUCAACUGUACCUUUGAAGAGGGGUUUUGUGGUUGGAUGCAAUCAAAGCAAGACAGAAUGGAUUGGAUCCUUCGACAGGGAGGAGCUCCUUCCUCUUCAACCGGGCCAGCUUACGACCACACACUGGAAGCUUCCAGUGGCCGUUACACGUACUAUCGAGCAAGCCGGAGGUCUGCAGGCUCAAACGCAUUGUUUAUCAGUCCAGCAAUCGUGCCCUCCAAACAAACUUUCAACUUUCCGUGGUGCUUCAGUUUCUGGUACAACAUGUACGGAAGCAAUAUGGGUACUAUGAAUGUGUCCCGUGUGUCCAUUGGCAAAAUGGUUACUGACGGUGACGUUCUUUUUUCAAGAGGCUGCGAGCAGACGAACAGAACAACCUGGCUUAAUGCCGAGAUUUGCAUCACAAAUUUAUCUUCAAGCUUUUUCAUAGCGUUCGAAGCAAUACGCGGAAGCGGGUAUUUGUCGGACAUGGCGAUUGAUGACGUUGAAUCUCGAGUGCAUUGGACAUCUAUCACUUUAAAUGACUGGUCUGGUAACUACCCUUCCUUUGGAGAUAUUGUGUACGCUUUUGCGGGCGAACAGCGCCGGUUUACAUGCAGCGUGCCUGAUGUCAGCACGCCCAUCUCACUCUCAUGGGAGCUGGGAGGACGUGAGGUUUCUCCUGACUCCAGCGAUAACUCCACAGACAGCAACGGGUUUAUCACUAGCACGAGCACGAUAACACUGGCCAUUACUGGGAAAAACCAUGGAGAGCUGCUGCAGUGCUUAGCGUCCGUCGCAGGUGGACAUCCUGUUGUCAACAUUUUGGUUAUCCUUGAUGUUAAACUACAACCAACGGCCACCGAUAUGCUUCUAUACGUUGCCAGUCCAACCGGGUCCCCAGUUGCACCCAGCACAGACGACGGAACACCACGAUCCAUAAAGUGUGAGGUGCUGGAUACCAGACCAGCAGUAACUAUUCAGUGGUUCCUGAAUGGCGAAUUAAAACGUACUACGAACCCACCUACUGGAGGGGAUGAUGUGCUGGUCAGUACCGUGGAUACUUGGUUGUUCACCCCCAGUCGAGCUAAUCACGGCCAUGAGGUGAAGUGCGUAGCGAACAAUUCAGAGUCUGAAGAACCGUUCCCGUCGAAGGUGCUCACUUUGCUAGUAAACAGCCCUCCAGACAUUCCCACCAUCAUUGGUUCCCUUAAAAUGAUGGCCAAUGAAACGAAUACCUUGGAAUGCCUGGGAUAUAUGGGAUACCCUGAUGACUGGAUACUGGUUUGGUCCAUCGGUCAAGCUCUGGUUCCGAGUACUACCACUUCUGAAGCACUUGGCCAAUGGUUCACAUUCAAGAGUAGAAUCAUUUUUAAACCUCAAAAGGAGGACAGCGGCGAAAAAAUAACCUGCCUUGCAAGGAGACGCUCUUGGACGAGACCACUGACACAGAGAAUUUUUGGACCCAUAGACGUUCAGUAUCCGCCAGAGUUUUCAGGGGUAAACAUUUCCCAACAGGGGCCAAUUAGCGAAGGUGAUGACGUCAUCCUGUAUUGCAACGCCGACGCCAAUCCUAAGCCCUCAAAUUUCAUCACGUGGGAGAAGGUUGGGUCUCCUGACCCUCUUCCUUCCGUCUACAGCGAUGGUACAAGCACUCUGACGCUAUUUAGCAUCAGCAGGGAGCAGGCUGGGCGGUACAGGUGCCGUGGGGACAACGGUGUACCACCCAUAGCGGUUUCCCGUCUGAUGGACGUCAUUUUACGUUUGAAACCUCUUCCACCUGUGGACGUCACAAUUCAAAAACGACGUCGCACUAAAGAGUCUCUGACGAUUGCAUGGACUACAGGCAGCGAUGGAGGCGAAGAGCAAUGGUUCUACGUCAAUUACAGAGAGCUAGAGUCUACACCCGUCUUUGACCCCGCUACCCGAAGCAUCAGGCUGCGCGGCGUCAGUGAGUACACGCUGGUCGGUCUGCAUCCUGACACAGCAUACGAGGUUGAAGUGUUCGCAGAGAACGCACAUGGUGCCAGCAGUGCCGUGACAGCUGUGGGGACAACUGAUUUAGAGUUUGACCUGCCAAACUGGUCCCUGCUCACUGCUGUUGGAACUCUAGCGAUACUAUUAGUCUUGAGCGUCACUGGGAACCUUGUUUUCUGCCAAAAAAGGUCCAUAAAAACUCCCAGGAAAGAAAAUCGAAAAUGGGUAACAAAAAGGGAAACAGAGAGUGGGGUGUUGAAUCGGAUUAAGGAAACCGGUGAAAACUACGAAAACGUUGGCAUAGUUAUGCAGACCAUUCAUGCUGAAAACCCUGGACCGGUUGAAUCCACGUAUGCGGACAUUCCUGACUGCCGGGCUGCAUUCUCGCGAGACCAGCUGACUUUCUUGCGAGAGCUCAGCCGGGGCGCCUUCUUCAAAUUGCUGCUUGCCAAGGCCAAUGGCAUCGAACGGCAAGGCGUUGUUAAUCCUGUGGCUGUUAAGACCGUAAAAGAUGACACUAGUCGGAGGGACAAAGACAAUCUGAUGCAAGAGUUGAAUGCGAAGAAAUCGCUCAACUUCCACGAUAAUGUCGUCAAGCUCCUUGGGUACUGCAUUGAGAAAGAUCCUGUUUAUAUCAUCAUGGAAUAUAUGGCCAAUGGGACGCUAAAGGAGCUCCUGACUGACAAUUGGAGCCAGUUGGACCAGGUGUAUGAUAACCUGCGGGGCGCCGCCAACACCUCCCUCACUCCCCGGACUCUGCUGCGCAUGGCGAAGGGCGUGGCCGACGGCAUGGCUUUCUUGGCCUCACACACAUGCCUGCACAAAGAUCUUGCUGCUCGAAACGUUUUCUUGGGUGAAGGAAUGGUCUGCAAGCUGUCCAAUUUUGGAUUUGCCAACGACGUGGCGACUGUGAGAAAAAAUCAACGCCAAAACCAGGGUCUUGUCCCUCUGCGAUGGAUGGCGUUGGAGUCGGUCCUUUAUGACGUGUACACAACAGAGAGUGACGUGUGGUCUUUUGGGGUUCUUCUCUGGGAAAUAGUUACACUUGGCGCCCAACCAUACCCAGCCAUGAGUGCUAAGAAGGUGGCAAGAAAGGUAAAGUCAGGAUACCGGAUGCCUCGGCCUGGCCAUUGUCACUUGCAGCUUUAUCAACUGAUGCUGGACUGCUGGGCUAAGAAUCCAUCAGCUCGACCUAAUUUUUCGACAGUCAGUGGAAAACUUGGAGGGCUGCAGGAGAAGGCCUACCAAUAUAUAUCGUUGGAAGCCUACCAGAGACACCUCUAUAAGGCGCAGGUUGCAGGCUGCUCGGACUGUGAAAAAAUCUACUAAGCCCUGAUGUGUUUGCAGUUUUCCAAUUAUUCAUCUUUUAAAAUCUUGCAAUCAUGAAAUAUCUUUUAUUAUUUUUUGACUCCUGCUUCAUGAGAAAAUAAAGUCAAAACUGUCGAUAAGUCAAUGAAUGCACUCUAGUAAUAACUGCUUUGUUAUCAGAUAAUUUUUAUAGCACUUGUUUCGAUGCUUAAUAAAACGUGAUGCAUUUUUGUUGUAUUUUAACUAUUUUUCCAUCUUAUUCUGACAAAGAGAAUCGAUCCGUUCAACUCCUAUCAGAUUAUAAGGAAGUAGCUUUGAAGGAAACAGAUUCAAGUGCGGAAGUUACAUUCUGAGUUUCAUAUGGCCGUUCAAUUGUAAAGGCUUACUUUACUUGGAAAGGUAUACUUUGUUUCCUUAAAACGUUAUAGGAUUUCCCAAAAACUAAAGGGGUGGCCUGUAAAUCAUAGCCACAGUUCGGCAAGGAUUACUCGCAACUUAGCUUACAAAAUAAAGCGAGAUGAUCCACUUUCCUAUGCUAACGAAUGUGGUGUUGCUGUCCAAGGAAAUUCACCCUGUCUUUUGUGUUAUGUCUGUGAAUUAUGACACAAUGCUUUAGUUUUAUUUUUGCUUUUUAUUACUUUUUUAAAGAAUAUCACGCAGUUAUCUUUCGGGACAUGAAUUAAUUAAAAUUUGCUUAUUUGGCCAAAAUAGUUUUAUUUGAAUUCGGAUCGAUGAAUCCAGAUGACAGCAGCGAGCCUCUGACAUACAUGAAAUCAAUGCUGUUAUAUUGUAGGAAGUUUGCUGUUGAGUAAACACGGCCAAGUAGUUUUACGAGUUGCCACAUUUGAAUGUUGUGAUGUUCUCUGCAUAUAUCAAUAUUUAAUCAGAAAAACCGGGUAAUCCAUCGAGUUUUGUAAAAGAUGCAUGACUCAGGAUCUCUGGGAAAAAUAGGGGUGAUUAUUUUCCCAAGGUAAACUAUUGGGAAACUUGAAGGUAAAAAUGAAUUUUAAAUUGGUAAAAAUCAUGUCUUGUUGAUUACAUCGUAUUUUUACACAGAGGAUUAAAUCAACCCAGGCUAGAGUUGGCUGUAAAAACAAACUACACACUCGUAAUCAUCGCGAUUUGAUGUAACCAAGGGCUUUAAUAGAUACAACUUACGGUUUGAAAUCUUAUACGAUCUCUUUCAAAAUACAUUCGAAGUGUAUAUCAAGUUUGAUGCAAAUGUUUGUGGGGGGUUGAAGGUUUGUACAGAUUACACUGAUUUGAUAUGAUAUUACCCGAGGCUUAAGUUUAAAAAGAAUACAAAUCUUAUACGCUAACUUUUAAAAUAUGUUCGAAGCGUAUAUACAGUCUGAUGCAAAGUUAAAAAAGAACUGAUCUGUUUUGCACAUUAUUUACACUUUUAUACCUGUAAUGUUAAGGUAAAGUCAUCGAUGGGUCCUUUGACUUAGCAAUUGCUGAGGAGACAAAAAUCGACAGUUUUAAUUAUCUUAGGCCCCCUAAAAGGUCGAACUUCUGCCUUGUCUAAUUCAAUGAAUUGUGAUCGUCAUAAAAGCGGCAGAAGUUCGGCAGUUGCUUCAAACGCCGGUUUCCUGUUGAUUUUAAUGCAAAAUUACAACAUGGCAGACCAAGAAAGAAUCGUGUUGUGACAUAUUCUCAUUGCGAGAGGAAGAGGCAUUCUCUUGCAAUAAUCAGUACUACUCAAUGUUAUUGCAGCAAGAAGAGUUCCUCUUCGUAUGCUUACUUGUCCUGCUACUCCUCUUUUCCAGGGAAAAUGUUACAAGACCCCGGUCUUGUCGAUGGUUGAUCAAGAAAAUAGGUUGGCUAGAAUUGAUGCUGAAUACAAACUCUGAGAAAAGUUUCAAAAGGGCAUUUUGUGUUUCAAAAGGAACCUUUGAAUUCAUCCGUUCACACAUAAAACAUGAAUUGGAGCGGACCACAGUGACAGAAAUCCCCAUAUCCCCAAGGCAUAGGAAUGUGUCUUUAGAGUCUAGCUAGAGGUGACUCCACAUGUACAUGUCCGUGGGCCCUGCCAUCUUGUUUUAACGCCAAAACGAAAACAGCUGUUUUGGGCGCAUGUGCAUUUUAAAAUGGCCCUGACGAUGUAGAUUGAACUAGACACGGCAGAAAUUCGACGUUUGAAGCCGUACCGCUUUUCAGCCGUUAAAAGCGGUACUACCUGUCGAACUUUCGGCAGAAAGCCGGCAGUUGCUUCAAACGUCGAAUUUUUGCCGUGCCUAAUUCAAAUGUUGGUCAUUAUGUGAAUUAGACACGACAGAAAUUCGACGUUUGAAGCUGGCCGUAUAUGUGCAUUGUCGGAAAGCGAAUCGGUAUGUUUUAAUAGCAGAAAUAUCGUAACACGUAUAGAGUUAUGCAUGCGAGUAUACAUAUCCAGUUUAAAAUAUUUUGUAGUUUAAGCUUUAGAAACAACCAUGUCAUUGUUUGUAAGAAAAAGUAUUUGAAUUCGAUCAAUACGUUGGGUAUUGAACAGUGUUUCAGUUUUUAUGUAGUGUCUUCUACAAUGAUUCAGGAACAAAAGUUCAAAUGCUUUAUUCAUCAAACUUCCACAAUGUUCUCCACAACCAGAAUUAUUUUGCUAAAUGUGUUUUGAUAAACUGACAAAGGCACAUGGUUUAGCGGUUCUACUUAGUCUAAAACAAAUCAAGGUAAAUUUUGUUAACUGAUUAAUUUAACGACUAGAGGAUAUCAACUAAUAAUUCAACAUUCCUUCAGCUGAAUGAAAUCUACAAUAAUUGUACAAAAAACGAGGAAGGGAUUGGAAGAUUAUUUCACGGAAUAAUUGUUGUUUUUUAGAAAGUGCACUAGGCAGCUGCUUGUUAUUUCGUUGUGAAAUUAGACACCAGAACAAUUGCACUAUUUUGUAAUAUUAAUCCAACCAGUCCGAGCUUUCGUUUUGUGUUGCACGUUUUGGCUUCCUCGUGCAAUACUCAAAUUUACAAAUUGUUCAAACAGGCAAAGACAAACAAGAUAUCGUCCGGAUGUAACAGCAGAACUCAUGCAUGGGCCUCUGCCAAACACUUAAUUCGAGGUGCUCUGUGUUUUGAUUAGUGUCGUAUAGUUAAUUAUUUUCAACCCUCUUAGUCUCCACCAUAAAACAAAGGCAUUUAAUGCAUAAUGUUCAAUCAAGAUAUUCCGAGUUUCUGUGUAUGUUUAUGAAAACUGAGUAGAGCAUUGUGCAAAAUAAGUAUUCCUUCGUAGUGUUGACAUUUCUAAAUAUCAGUUGGCAAUUGCCAAAGGAACUUGUUAACAGCUUCCUUCCUUAGGAAAUUUUGUGAUUGGAACACCAGGCUCUCACACUUAACAUUUCCAAAGACCAUCAAAGGGCAAUAGAGAUCUAGAUGUAAAAAAAACAGAACUAAAAAAUAGGAAAAUAACGAAAGAAAUGAUAAUAAAGGGACCA